CGCGCCCCCGACUUUAGGGACUUAAUUCAAGUACCGCUCCACUACGCACUACCCAGACAGCUUCCCUCCCGUCUAAUUAGUACUGUACGCGCCUCAGGAGACAGCAUCAACAAAGACAAAGAAAAGGCCGACGACGUUUCUCCUCGAUACCGUUAAAGAGCACCUCAAGUACUAGCGGUGCCGGCACGAUGCCCUACGAUCUCGACAGCGCCUUAUAAUGCCGGAUUUCAAGCCUGGGCAGACUGUCCAACUAAACGAUGGCUCCAAGGCCAUCGUUCGUUUCGUGGGCACCACUCACUUUCAGGUCGGAGAAUGGAUAGGCGUUGAGCUGGAGAACAAGACGGGCAAAAACGAUGGAAGCGUUCAGGGAGAGCGUUACUUUGAUUGUCCUAUGGGCUAUGGCAUGUUUGUCAAACCUGUGAUGGCCAAGAUUAUCGCACAAGCACCUACACCAAAGCCGGCUGCCCGGAAGCCUGCCGCAAGGCCAAGCAGUUUCGCACCUACUUCAGGUAGAGCCUCGAGUGCGGCAGGAGAUGCAGGCUUGGGUAGAAGAAAGAGUCUCAAUGCUCCCAGUCCUAGCCCAGUACCUAGAGUGUCCCGGCCGACAAGCAUUGCAAGAUCGCCUACAAAAUCUCCCACAAAGCAGUUGAGUGCUGCUUCGAGCACCACUGUAUCCCGAACAGGAACACCAUCGAAUGCGCGCGCCCCUUCCGUUGGAGCAAAGUCGCGCCCAUCAAUUGGAGGACCACGAACAUCCAUGGGUCCUCCGCCACCCACUGCUCGAACAAGACAAGUAUCUACUUCGUCAGGCACAGCACGAGCUGCAUCCGUAGCCCCGAGGACAACGACUAGCCGCAUGUCUUUGGCCGGACCACCACGACCAGCAUCUCGGCCAGCAUCACGGCCAAGCUCAGCUGCCAGACGGACAUCUGUCGACUCGCAAGCAAGAAGGGGCUCCUCGGACAGAGAUGAUAUUGCUUCCCCCAUUAAGGAUAAUGGGGACAUUCUUUCACCUCAGCCCAGGAGCCCUGUUCAAGCCAGAACAAAGGCCCUUGAGAAACUUACAGGUGGACCUUCAUCGCGAACAACCACACCCCCUGCAGCACGAAAACCUUCAUCUACGACCACCGGACCCCGUCCUGCUGCAAGUACGGCAGCAAGUAGAGAAAUCGAAGACCUCAAGGCCAAGUUGAAGGUUUUAGAGCGCAAACGGGCCGAAGAUCGAGACAAGUUGAAACAACUUGACAAAGUCCAGGGCGAGAGAGACAAGUUCGAGAGUGUCAUCCAAAUGCUGCAACAAAAAUACCAACCGCAACAACAGGAAAAUGCUGAGCUGAAGAAGUUACUGAAAGAGGCGGAAAUGCGACUUGAUUCCGUUGAAGAGCUUCAGGCAGAGCACGACAGCAUAUUAGAACUAGCAACACUCGACCGAGAAAUGGCGGAAGAAACAGCGGAGGUUCUGAAGGCCGAACUGGAAGCCCUCAAGGAGAAAGCUGAAGAGAUGGAAUUGGAGGUUGAGAUUUUGCGGGAAGAGAACGAAGAGUACAGCAAGGGAAUGGCCCCCGAAGAACGAGCAAGUUCAGGCUGGUUGCAGAUGGAACGGGCGAACGAACGAUUAAAGGAAGCUCUCAUGAGAUUACGCGACCUUACUCAGGAGACCGAGGAAGAACUGAAAGGUCAGAUUAAAGGGCUCGAGGAAGACGUAAAAGAGUUCAACACUAUGAAGGAGGAAUUCUCCAAGUGCCGCGGAAAGCUCGAGCAGUCAGAAAGUGCCGUGGAAGAUCUACGUCAACAACUCGACAAUGCUCUUGGUGCCGAAGACAUGAUUGAAGACUUAACGGAGCGCAACAUGAGCAUGUCUGAGCAAAUCGAAGAGUUGAAGGCUGUCAUUGAUGAUCUUGAGAGCCUGAAGGAGAUCAACGACGAGCUCGAGAUCAAUCACGUGCAGAACGAAAAAGAGAUGCAAGAAGAACUCGACUUCAAGGAUAGUGUCAUUGCUGAGCAGGCUCGACGAGCUGCCCAGCAAGAAGAGUCGCUAGAGGAUAUGGAAUAUACCCUCUCACGCUUCCGUGAGCUAGUGACAAGUCUGCAAAGCGACCUGGAUGACAUGAAGGCCUCACAAGCUGUCACUGAGGGCGAGUCAGAGAAACUCAACGACCGAUCCAGGGCCAUGAUGGAUCUCAACAUGAAGCUUCAGAUCUCAGCAUCCAAGGCUCAAGUCAAGACUAUCGACCUUGAACUUCGACGACUGGACGCCCAGGAAGCAGAGCAACACCUGGAGAUCGUAAAGCUAUUCCUCCCUGACACUUACAAGGAGGACCAGGAUUCUGUUCUUUCUCUGCUUCGCUUCCGUCGGGUGGCCUUCAAGGCGAACCUCCUCAACAGCUUCAUCCGCGAACGACUCAACGGACAGCCUCAUCCUGGACACGAGGACGAUGUAUUUGCUGGAUGUGAUGCCUCGGAUAAACUCGUCUGGGUGUCUACUAUGUGCGAUCGCUUCGUCAGCGACAUGACGCACUGCACCAUCGAGCAGUUCUCCAAGUACCAGAACGCACUGCACGAGCUAGAGCCUGUUGAGCGAGCCUUGAACGUCUGGAUUGACGGUCUUCGCCGCGACGACCUGAAGGAGAAGACCUGCGCCGACGAGUUGCAUCGCACCAUCGCCCUCCUUUCUCACUUGGGAGAGGUGCACAUCUCUAACAGCCUGGCUAACUAUGCUGACGAUCUUCACAUGAAGGCCAUGGUCAUGCAGAGCCACCUCGACUCCGCAGCCGUCUCCUUUACCACCGUGCGAGGCCUCGUUCAACGAGUGGUUCCUGCUGAGGGCGAGGAGGAUGAGCUGGCUCAGCACUUCGCGAAGAAGUCUGAGGCGGUUGUUACUCAUACUCGAGGUACAAAGGUCAUCGCCGCCAAGGCUGUCCGGGCUCUCCAGGAUUUGCGAACGCGAUCUCUGUCUCUACUGCCAGACACCAAUGAAGCGUUUGAGCAAUGUUGUGAGGCAACGCAAGAACUUGCUGAUCUAGCGCGACAGAUUGGUCUCGGCAUCCACAGCUUGUUCACUGCCGACGAGGGUCGCACUGAGCCCUUCAGCUAUGCAGAGGUACAAACUGCUGUUUACAAGACAGUCCUUUCUGUCAGCACGUCAAGCGAGUCAGACCUGUUCUCUACUUAUUUGUCCAAGUUGCGAGCCGUCACCACCCAAAUCAGUGACCUGGUGUCGCUUGCUACCGACCUGGAUCAGGUUCAAGAGUUUGAUGUCACUCCUGCGCCCUGGCGACUGCGAUCGCAAGAGCUCAAGGCUCUCAAGACCAUCCCCGUUGACGCGGAGGAGGAGCUGCGGCGCCUCAAAGAGGAGCAUAGUGAGGCUCGUCGUACCAUCGCCCAGCGCGAUGAGCAUCUCAGCACUGCUGUCCUCAAGAUCGAGACGCUUGAGUCCAGAAUGCGUGAUGCCCAAGCUAACAUUGAUCGCAUUGCCAAACUGCAAGAGGAGCUUGAGGCUUCAGGCCAGCAGAUCGGUAGCCUCAAGGAAGACAUUGAGAAGCAAGAUCGUGAGCUCAAGAAUCUUGAAUCAGAACGCGACAAGUGGAAGAAGAUUGCCAGCGAUAGCCGUGCUUACGCUGACGGCGCAGAUGCUGCUGGAGCCAAGGCUGGUCAAGAACGAGCCGUUGCCACAGCUCGCGAGAUGGAUGCCCUCAAGAAAGAUAUCGAGAGUCUGCAGUCUGCAGUUCGAUAUCUACGCGAGGAUAACCGCCGGGCUCGUACGUCUGAGCAACACAAAUACGAAUGGCUGGCUGAGCCACUCAAGAAGCCUACUUCUGUCGCUGAAAAGCGCCGUAGCAUGAUAGCAGCCGAAGGCAAGGAUGUCCUCGGCGAGCUCGUCAAGAUGGCGUCUUCCGCCUCCCUUUACGACUUCGCUUCCCUGCCCCAAGACAAGCUCGCCUGGAAGCCUGUGCGAUCAACGCCGCAGUAUCACGCAGCCAAGCAGAUGGAGGACUAUGCAAGCUGGGAAUCUUGGCAAGAGUCGGUCCUUAAGAAGGCCCACGUUCUCCAAGGACAAACGGCCAACGCUGAACGGAGAAAGAAGACGCCCACAGCAGCUCGUCUACGUAUUAAGUUGCCCGGCGUCGACGGGAAGGUUGUGCCAGGCUCAGGAAGGGGUGUCCAGAUCGUGGGAUCGCAGGAAUGGGAGGCUUUACAGGGCCGGUUGGCUGUAUGAUUAUAGAAUAUUACAUACCCCUUGAUUUCGUCUUUGUCUUUCAUCAAUUCUGGUGGAUUUUGUUGGUAUGAGAGAACGAAUAGCAAAUCUACGUAGCAGAAGCAAGCUUUGCCAAACCACCUCUGACAUUCAGGGGCUUUUAGGAAUUGAAUCUUGAAUCAUUUCAUCUUUUUUGUUCAUAUGUGAUUAUGCUUGAUCGCUGGGUAUCUCUAUCCUUCCCAGAUCAUGGCACCCUCUACAUUCCGUACAAUGGAUCCCCUCAUGCUUUACCCUUACCCUUCUUAUCCUUCUUCUUCUUACUACCACCACUGCUGCUCUCUUCGCCGCCACCUCCUUGUGCACCCAUAAGAGCCGACAUGGGGUCUCCACCGCCUUGCAUCUCCUUCAUCAUAUCCUUAAACAGAUUCUCAGAGACACCACCGCCCGUCAUAGCAGCACUUAGAUACGGCACCAACUCGCCCAUCUUCCAUCCGCGCGGCACAGCGGGCUUGGGAUAUGGCUUUCCAGCCUCGGGCUGUAGCUGGCCUCCAAUGCGGACACGCAGACCGGGGCUGUCUUCGGUCGUAGGGUUCUCGCGCAGGUGUUCAGCAACAAGACGAUACAAAUGAUGCUUGUUCUUGACAGGGUGACCAGGCGUCUUCUUCAGUCCGACCUUGACACGACCAGGGUUCGCCCAAUCCUUCGGAUGCACCUUUUCAGGUUCAAAGAGUGUUGGUAGGCGUAGUCUCGAGCAGGCGUUUGCGAUCUCUCGCGCGAGGGGGUCCUUCACAGCGAGUUCAGCGCCCACACGACGGCCCUCUGCGCGGGAUCGUGAUGCAUCGAAGUAGACAGGGUAGAGACAUUGGAAAUCGGCGUAGGCAGAUCGAUCGGCUGAGGCGGGCAUGGUACCGCCAGCAGGGGCAUCGGCGGGGACGAUGGCGGGCAUCUGACGAGGAGGAGCUGCAGCAGCGGGAACUGUUUUAGGAGCGGCCUCGGAGGGUUCGACUCGGCGCAUGAUAUCGGAGUCGGCGAAAUCAUCGAUAUCGGCCUCGGCAGGGUCAGAGUCGAAGUCGCUGUCCGACACCUCUUCUAUUCUUGGGUGGGACAUUUUUGCGGUUUUGGUGGGUUGCCAGAGGAGGAUGAGGAGGAGGGGUGAAGUGGGAGGGACGUUUGGUAAGUGUCAGUAUCCUCCAGCGGUCGAGAAAAGAAAAGACCGAGCUCGAUGUAGACGAGGUUACUCGUCGGGAGAGUACAAUUGAGACCCAAGGACUCGGGUUGGCAAUGGUUGAGGUGAGGUUGAGAGAUAUGGGGUACAAGUGGGACAUGGAAGGUGGCACU